GUUGUGCAUCUCCCUACUGAUCUCUGUUUGAAAAGCUCUGAAUAGCUCUCUUUUCGCCACCGCAUAAUGACGGCUCGAUUGACGUCAUGGCAGAUACACGUGCGCAGAAGUUAAUCAAUGGGUUGAUAACAGUGGGACUCAAAACCAAGCGAUGCUUCCCCUGAAAAGUAGCUGCUACCUCGAGCAUUGUGAUUCUUAACGAGUUUAAACCAUUCCGAGUGUUAAAAUGAUCACUGGUGCAAAGUCUGAACGUGCUGCGUCCACCUAAUUUGCAUGGUAAUGUGUCAACUUCUAAACACGUUCUUGACUUGCACGACUUCAGUAGAAACAGGUAGGAUUGUCUUUUGAAAGACAAACAUGACUAGCGAACUGCCCAGACUCUGUGAGAAUGAUGAUUUCGACAAUUCUGAUGAGAGUGAAAGACCUUCCGGGGAGAGAUGGGCCCCGGUUGGAGCAAAUGAUGGGGAUAAUGACUUUGGCGACGAGUUCAAGUACUCCAACAGCAUGGAAAAUCUAUCCUGUGACAUGGACAGGCUCAAAGUUCUCGAGGAAGAGCAGGAGAUGCUUAAUUCAUCCCUGAUUGCUCUAACUACUCACUUUGCGCAGGUCCAAUUUCGAUUGCGUCAAAUUGUUGAUGCUCCAGCUGAAGAGAAGGAGGGUCUACUUAAAGAAUUGGAAGAGUUUGCCUUUAGGGGAAUUCCUGAUGUCCCCAGUAAUCUACCUUUUGAGAGUCAACGGAUUACAUCGACUUCUCCACUGUCCCAAAAGCAAAGUAAUGGAGCUGUAUGUGACUUGGAAGUAGAGUCUAAAAUGGCAAUGCAGAGAUCUAAGCAGAGAGAGUUAAUAAACCAACUGAAGUCGCAAUUGGAAGAUCUUGAAAAGUAUGCCUAUGAGACAGGAGGGGCUGAUUUGCCUCAGAGCGUAAUAAUGGAACGUCAGAGUUUAAUAAUAAAUCAUCUUAAGGAAAAAUUAAACUUCAAUGUGGAUGAUCUCUGUAAAUUGCCAUUGGAUGAUUUGCGUUGGCAAGUUGACUAUGCCUUCAGUCAGAUUGUCAGUCCACUCAAGAUGAAGGAACAACUGGUGUCACAGUUGAAGACUCAGAUCGUGGACUUGGAGCGCUUCAUCAAUUACCUCCAGGGUGAAGUUAGCACCGAUAGCCUAGCCUGUACCUGUGCCUGUCCUGUGCAUACAAGUGGAUCAGCUGCAGCCUCUUCCUAUGCAGGAAGAUCUUUUCAGAGGAGACCUCUGGAGGAGGAGGAUCGGACUAAGACUCUGAACACUGUCAGAAAAGUAAUGGCGCUACUGCAUAUGUUUUUGAUGUCGCAAUUGGGUUGCGGCAGUGAAAGGAUACGCCGUAAUUUUAAGAAAAACUCGAUGUACAAUUGGCGAGACCUAAGGGCCAGGUUAGAUAUCGCUGUAGAACACGUGCUGGAAACCGUCUCUGAGAGCAAUUCUCAAGAGCAAGAGGAUGAGGAUGAGGCAGUCGAUGAUAACGACAAUGAUAAUGAUUACACCUCUGAUUCGGAUUCUCCCUCGAGUCGAUGCGAUGCUAAAUUAACUUCUGCAGUCAGAAAACAUCUGGCAGUUUGCAUUCGUGACUUGAUGCAACACGGCUUAACGUUUGAUCGACGAGCAACUAGUGUUGUGCCUUUUGUGGGUUGUUUUCCCCAAAGAGGUCCCACGUCUAGUAGUUCUAUGCACGCCUGGGAACUCAUUUUAAAGUAUUACGAGAUCAAGAAUGGGCAUCGUUAUAAUUCUAGUCCAGCACAAAAGCUUUCUCAAAGUUUCAACUUGGAUCUUGUUGGAGAGAGUUCUGUUUCUUCUAAGCAGAGUUUACUGACGACCAUUGGAAAUAUCAUAGCUUCUCACACGCCCUACAAAAGGAGUCACGAUUCUCAUUUCAAAGCAUUCGUUUGUGCAGCGCUAAACUUAAAGAAGUUGGUGGCAUGGUUAAAGCUGAUCCUACAAUGUCAGUAUUUAUUGGAAAAUCACUACACGUCCUGGAGUUAUGUCGUCAAAACAGGCUUUCAGGAUGCUUUUCACACUCUCGACCGAUUAACCAGUUACAAGUUCGAUUUGCCCGUCGAUCUGGCUGUACGACAAUUCCAAAAUAUAAAAGAUGCAUUCUGAGUAACUGUGCUUCGAGCGAUUUCGUUAGGCGAUUCCAGUAUUCAUCAAGACAACACUUAUAUUCAUUAAGAGUCGAGAGACUGAUCGUGUUCAGGAUUCUGGCCGGGACGCAAUAAGAUAAAGGACAAACGUAGGUAGAGGAUAAAUCUCUGCACCUUGUGGAAGGUUUUACUGGGCGCAUUGAACUUUCUCCACUUUAAGGAAAUGGGUAAUAGUAAUCAGGAAUGUAUUAUAAUCAAAGGUGAAAAUGAACUGUAUAUCACGAAGCAUAAAGGGUAAACGUUCGCUUUUUAUAAACCUAAUCAUUUGAAAAAUUAGUUCCUUUAAGAAGAAUGUGCAUAUAUAAUAUAUUUAUGAAGCAAAA